AAAUUUAAAUUUUGGGCAGAAAAAAUGGAAAUAUUAACCAAUCUUGCAUGCCAGUUGCCAGACAACAACAAAAUCUUCAAUGCCAGAAAGCAAGAAAACACCCAAAUCAAACAUACAAGAUUUUUUGUAAGCACAUGGCUCACUCAUUAUCCACAUCUAUAAAAGUAGAUAGAGACACCCAUUUUCCUAAAUCAAGCUGCUUCUUUUUUCUUUUUUACUUUCUACGUUUCUUUCACACUUUCAAGAAUGAGGUACAUUUCUGGAAUAGUUACAACGGGAUGUUGGAGAUUAUUGGCCAUUUUGUUAAUUUCUUCAUGGGUUUUGAGUAUAAAGAGUGAUACUAUAGCACCAUGUAAGUUUCCUGCAAUUUAUAACUUCGGGGACUCAAAUUCAGACACUGGUGGGAUAUCUGCUGCGUUUGAGCCGAUUAGAGCUCCUUAUGGUGAAGCUUUCUUUCACAAACCUGCGGGAAGAGAUUCUGAUGGCCGCCUUAUCAUAGACUUCAUAGCUGAGACGUUAAAAUUGCCUUACCUGAGUGCUUACUUGAAUUCUAUCGGGACAAAUUAUAGGCAUGGAGCCAACUUUGCUACAGGAGGAUCAACAAUUAGAAGGCAAAAUGAGACUAUAUUUGAAUAUGGGAUUAGUCCUUUUUCUCUUGAUAUGCAGAUUGUGCAAUUCGAUCAAUUUAAGUCAAGAACUGCGGAUCUUUACAAUGAAGUGAAGAAUAAUACCCAUGAGGCAGGGAAGCUCCCAAGACCUGAUGAAUUUGCAAAGGCUCUUUACACUUUUGAUAUUGGCCAAAAUGAUCUUUCAGUUGGUUUUAGAAAGAUGAGCAUUGAUCAACUGAGAGCAGCAAUGCCAGAUAUCAUUAACCAGUUAGCUACAGCAGUCCAACAUUUAUAUCAGCAAGGAGGGAGAUCAUUUUGGAUACAUAAUACAGGCCCUAUUGGUUGCUUGCCAGUGAAUCUAUUCUAUGUAUCAAAUCCACCUGCUGGUUAUCUUGAUGAACAUGGCUGUAUCAAGGCACAAAAUGACAUGGCUGUAGAGUUUAAUAGCAAGCUUAAGGAGAGAGUUGUUAAACUAAGAGCAGAAUUACCAGAAGCUGCAAUUACUUAUGUGGAUGUAUAUGCUGCUAAGUAUGGACUUAUAAGCAAUGCAAAGAAUCUAGGAAUGGCUGAUCCAUUGAAGGUCUGCUGUGGAUAUCAUGUGAAAUUUGACCAUAUAUGGUGUGGGAAUAAAGGAAGUGUUAACAAUAGUGAAGUCUAUGGUGCCUCCUGCAAAGACCCGUCACUCUUUAUAAGCUGGGACGGUGUGCACUACACUGAGGCUGCAAAUCAAUGGGUUGCUGAUCAUACACAGAAUGGUUCAUUGACCGACCCUCCGAUUCCAAUUACUCAUGCAUGUCAUAGGCUGUAAGUAUAAAUAAGGAGCAGGUUAACAACCUGGAAUAUUGAUUAGCAUUGGAGAAUUUGGCACUAGAAUAACUUGUUCGUCACGUGUGCGAAGGUAAGGGUUGAAUGUGUUUUGUUCGAGGUCGAUUAUGAGAUGUCUUUUAAGAAUUUUACUUAGAUUCAAAAGGAGUUAUAAAUGUCCCCUUCCCUUGUUUCAAAUUCUCUGAUCUUCAAUCCAUGUUGAAAAACUAUUGGGUUCAAUUAGCAAUUGAAACAAGGAAUGCAUCAAUCUGAUAUAUUUAUCUUGUA